CUUAGAGCCACCCAAGUCCGCGAGCCGCGCGUAAUAUUAGAUCAUCGCCUCGCGGAGCGCGCAGAUGAGGAUGGCGUAAAGACGAGCGGUUAAACGGUCCAGAGGCAUGCACUGAUUUACGCGCUGCCGGAUAUAAAACCCGGGUAUCCUGACAUCUUUGCCGUAACGUUUGUGUUAUUACCACGUUUGCGUUUUCUGGAGGUUUACGCAUAGAUGCUGCGCGUUCUGAGCGGAGUUGGUCGCGGAAAGUAAGUGGGGGGGUUUGCAAGGACAAUAGCGCGCGCUGCACAUGGUUACUUUUAGCUGGAGGUGCAUCGUUUCCUGUGAUGGGUGCUCUCCUGCUAUUAAUUCUAGCGUCCCACCUAAGUGCGGCGUGGGGGUGCCAGCUCCCCCACGACUGGAGACCUCAAACCGAAUCGUGCCGGGCUGAACUGGCGGAGAUCAUAGUUUUCGCCAAAGUCCUCGCCAUCUACAAGGAAUCUUACAGCGUGUACAACUACCUGCCGUGGCAAUAUGACACCGAUCUGUUCUUCUCUGCGGAGAUCGAGCUACUGUGUGACCAGGCGUGGGGCAGCAUGUUGGAGGUGCCAGCCGGCUCCAGGUUCAACGUCACCGGACUCGGGUACUUCCCCUGCUACUCCUACAGCGUGGUGGAGAACAACUCCUAUUACAUCUUCCUGAGGAUGGAUGAAAACUACAGCAUCAUUCCUCACGGAGUGAACUUCCAGGACCCCAUCUUCCCCGAUACGCCCGACAACCACCGCAUGUUCGCCAACCUCUUCCAGUUCUCCAACUGCACAGCGGGGACGCAGGUCCACAUGUACACGCCCGAGUGGGAGGCCCAGGAGGACAGCCGGCUACUGUGCUCCAUGGUGCAGAAAGCCCUCUUUGAGGAAGAGGAGAAGGUGAAAACUCUUUCCCAGAAGGUGAAGAUGCUGGAGAAAGCCAACAACCAUUUGAGGGACAAAGUGAAGAACAUGAAACGUAUGCUCAGGCAGGCCAAACGCGACACCAAGGACCAGCCAGGUGUCCUGAAGCAGCUUCAUGGGCCUGAACCAGAGCGUUCUGAGCUCCCGCACCCACAGCAAGACACUCAGGACCAAAAACCUACUCACAAGAAAACCCCACCCAGAAAGUUGAAAAACUAGGCAACCAAGCCCAGUUACUGCCAGGGAGUCAAAAUGACUGCACAUAGGAACUUUAGCAGGUCAUUGCCAAAAGCUGUGGGCCUGUACAUCUAUAAAGGUAGUCUAGAAAUAAAAUAGUUCUAAUGUAGUAUGUAAUACUAGUCUUCCACCUAGCAUUAAGGAGCCAAGGAAUCCCGCCCCACCACAGGUGUAGUCAUCAGGCUAGUAUACUUGUUUACGCUGUUCAUGUCAUGUAGUGUCUUAGUAUGAAUAUUUCAAAGAAAUAACUAUUGCUACCAGUUUCACAUAGCAGACAUAUUUUCACAAAUGCAACAGCAAUACUGUACACAUCAUCAUAGGAGCACUGCGGAUUCCUGUUAGUUAGAUCUGUCCUUUAGGGUUGUUGUAACGAUGUAAAUGGCUCAGAUUGUUAAGUAAUGGUUGAAAAGAAAGUUUCUAGUUGCAUGUCAUCAGAUGGCAAAGAGAAAAUUAAUCAGUGACACACUUACAAGGGUGUAAGCCGUUUCUGCUAUAGAGGGUUCAAACAGCUGCUUUCAGCUCUACUGAACACAUACUCCCAUCCAGACAAAUGCUGCAUGCUGACUUAUAAUGCACUAGAGUGAGUCUACAAUACUUACAUCCUAUGCCCUAUAUAAUCAGAUAUAUGUGAAUUUCAAAUGUGGGAACCAUUUUAGCUAAACCUGCAGUAGAAGUCAGUUCCAGUGAAAUAUGUGAUGAAACAGUGAUUCCCCAGUACUGGACAUACCCCAGAACUAAAGCUGCAGUUUCGAGGGAGAAGUGCACAGUAUUUCACCAUUUAUGGAUGAUAAAGGAAAACAUGUCUUUAUUCUUGAGGGUUUAUGCAGAUAUAGAGCCAGCUGACAUCAAUUCCUGUCAUUUUUUCUACUUCUAUGUUAAGAUUCCACGCUGUGUGAGUGUACUUAUAUGGACUGAAAUGAUUUUUAUAUUUGCAAAAAGGGUGCUGAGCGCCCAGUAAACAGAACCAUUACUCAGUGAUGCUUUUUCUGAUGAGGACUUGUUACGUUAAAGCUGGUAAUUUUAUUAAAAUUAUGAAAUGUGGUUAUAUGGUUUCUUGUAUGUUUAACAUAUUUACAAUUAUUCCAUUAAAUAAUGAAAUAAACUUUUACUGAACUGUGC